AUGGGUGGGUCAGUCAUUUUGUCUGUGGUACAAGAGACCAUACCAUACAUGUCUGUCGGAGAAACCGAGUUGUACAAAAUGCAAAUCUACGGAAGCAACCCCGAGGCCGUAGAUAAAUUGGAAAAAGAGUUUGGUCUUGAUAACAACAAGUACCAAAGGCAUAGCAAAUCAGCAAAAAGACGGCAGCAAGUUCCGCAAACAACUCUCACAUACAAUACACCUCUCACCGAUAAUGCACCUCUCACCGAUAAUUCAUCUCCCACUAAUGAUAUACCUUUAGUAUCUGACACACAAGACUUUACACAAAUUAAUACUUUAUUGGUUGUGAAUCCUUUGAAACUUCCUGCAAAAAACAUGACACUUUUCUCUUUCGAAGUUGAAGAAUUGGUAGACUUUCGUUUGCGCGUGUUGCAGGAAGUGAGAUUGCUAUCGGAGAAUACUCACAUAAAAUCAAAAGAUAUGAUUCUAUCGUAUCGAACGACUAAAACAGGUGUCGGGACGGCAUUGUGUGUUGAUGACGAUUAUCGGAAAUUCCUGGAGGAGUAUAAAUUGCUGCAAGUGUCACAAAAAAAGAAAGAAAUGACAAUCAUCGUGACACUAAAAAAGCCACUAAAGCGUAAGGACAUGUCAGAUGAUGAGGCAUCCGCAAGUACGGACGCAAGUGAAGACAGAGGAGGGUGGGGUCGUCAGAAGAAAAAGAAAAAGAAGAAAAAAACGAAACAUUCGGGCCUUGACAAGGCAACCGAGGAGAAGGCAACAAAGAUAAAUGAAAUAAGGAAUCGAUAUUACUGCAGUGAACAUGGUCAUCCGUGCCUAAUUGACGAAAAUGGUCAUCUCAAGCUCACAGCAGCGCAUUUAACAGUAUGGGCCUACGACUGGACACAGGGAGUAGCGGGUUUAGAUACUCCACCUACACACCCAAUCUUUCGUUCUGUCCAAAAAAAGAAAACACCAAUUAAACAACUAAUCUCACAAUCACUUCAAUCUGCCUCAAAUAUGCCUCAUUACGCCCCUCCGACUUGUACAUACUGCCACUGUCAACAGUUUCUGCCGUCUCAACAUUCAUAUCAUCACCCAUUCAAUUACAUGCCUCACCAUACGGCAAAAAGGAAAACACCGACUAUGCAUGAGUUUCUUGAAGAACUUGACAAAACGCAUGGUGAAGGAGAGUUCACUCAGUAUCUGGACAUAUUCUUGGAAAAUAAAAUUACGAUAUCUAGCAUUAAACAUCUUAAUGAUAACUAUUUUAAUCUAAUGGGUAUUGACAAAAUCGGGCAUAGAAUUCUUCUUCUUCAAGCGGCAAUUGAUUGCGAAUAA